AUGCUCGAAGCCAAACUCGAACAGGCCGAACUCCUCAAGAAGAUCCUUGACGCCGUCAAGGAGCUCGUCACCGAUGCCAACUUUGACUGCUCGGACGAGGGCAUCAAACUCCAAGCGAUGGACAACUCGCACGUCGCGCUCGUCUCGCUCAACCUCGCCAAGACGGGCUUCUCCGAGUACCGCUGCGACCGCGACAUGUCCCUCGGCGUCUCGCUCGCGUCGCUGCAGAAGAUUGUCAAGUGCGCCGGCAACAACGACAUCCUCACUCUCCGCGCCGACGAGUCCGUCGACGUCCUCGCGCUCCUCUUCGAAGCGAAGCACGCAGACCGCGUCGGCGAAUACGAGAUGAAGCUCAUGGACAUCGACCAGGAGCACCUCGGUAUCCCCGACACGGUCUACGAUGCCGAGAUUGAUCUCCCUGCGACCGAGUUUGCGCGCAUCAUCCGCGACUUGAAGGAGUUGGGCGAGAGCGUCAAGAUUGAGGUGUCGAAGGAGGGCGUGAGGUUCUCGGCGGAUGGAGACAUUGGCACGGCGAGCGUCACGCUCAAGCCGACGGACAAGCGCGGCAGGAAGGCGGACUCUGACGGCGAGGACUCGGACGAGGAGGAGGAGCAGGAGGACGAGGAGGAUGAGGAGGCCGAGGAGCCUGAGCCGAAGGAGGAGGAGGACGAGGAUGGCGACGUCAAGCCCAAGAUCUCGGGCUCGGACGACGAGGACGACGACGCGCCCGCCAAAUCGAAGGCCGGCAAGAAACGUAAGGCCGUCGAGGAUUCCGAGGAGGAGGAGGGUGCAGACGAGAACGGCGAGGAGGCGUCCUCGCCGAAGAGGGUGAAGAAGGAGUCUGGCAAGGCCAAGCCUGCGAAGAAGGAGAAGAAGAAGGCUGCGCCCAAGAAGGGCAAGGCGUCUUCCUCUUCCUCUUCGAAGGCGAAGUCUUCCAAGGGGAAGAAGGCGAAGGGCGGGGACGAGGAGAAAUCCAUGGACGUCCGCAUCAACCUGCAGCAAGCCGUCGCCCUCACGUUCUCGAUCAAGUACCUCUCGAACUUUGCCAAGUCGACGCCCCUGGCCGAGCGGGUCCACCUGCACAUGUCGAACGAGGUGCCGCUGCUCGUCGAGUACGCUUUCGAGCAAGGGCACAUCAGGUAUUAUUUGGCACCGAAAUUGACCGACGAGUAA